UGUAUGACAGUGUGAUUUGAAUAGUGGCUUCAACAGUUUCAAGGAUGAAGUCCACUAAGGUUGUGUCUGCAACUGCGUGUCACAUAUUGAUGCUUGUAAUUUGCUGUGAAUUUUCUCAAACGGUAGCGGAGCAUCUACCCUUGAGAUCAGAGGAAGAACAAGGGGUAGCGUCCUGUAUUCUGAAAAUAAGAGAGACUGAAAAGCGGGUUCGAAAUGAGGUGACAGAGGAACUGAAGAAAGAGUUAGAGGAGACAUUUAGGGAAAGGAUGCGGAAGAUUGAUCUCCUUGAGACUGAGAUUGCUCUUGAGAGGACACGACAACAGGUGGUUUAACAGAAGGUGGAAUUGUCUUAUAAGGGAUUGAUGAGACUUGAAAACGCGCUGACGAAAUGUACUGGACAUGACGCUCCGCCUACUACAACGACGACUCUUGCUCCAACUACAACCGCAGCACUUACCACAACAAAGAAACCAGCAUGUCCCGUCGGAUACAAGAGGUUUCAGGACCACUGCUACCUGUUUGCGAUGACGAAAGCAAACUGGCUGACUGUCCGUGAAAACUGCCUCACUGAGAACGCGGACCUGGUCUCCAUCAACACUGUGGAUGAAGAUGACUUCCUGCUGAAUGAAAUAGAACAACAUUACACGACCCGACGGCGAGACUCCUACUACAUAGGGAUGGUGUAUGACGAAGGGGAAUACAUCUGGAUGGAUGGCACGGUUGUGGACUACCGAAACUGGGCACGAAGAGAACCUAACUGUAUGGACAUGGAAUGCAAGGCCUACAUUUCUGAAUACCUAGGAUUCAAGUGGGCAGAUGCCAGAGCAACGUACGAAAACUUCUAUAUUUGUGAAAGGGAUAUGUAUUAGAGACACGUCGAUUAGUACCAGUGUUCGAAAUACCUGCCUGCCC